AUGAGCGCGGAGGGGCAGCCGGUACCGGCCCCGGCGCUGUCCCCGCUCCCGCUGCUGCUGGCGGCCGCCGCCGCCGCCUUCCUGGGCUACUACUGGGCGCGGGUGCCGCGGGUGAGCCCGCAGCGGCCGCUGCUCGCCGCCGGGCCGCGGCUCCGCGCCUUCCUGGAGCGGCACUGCCCCGCCGCGGGAGAGGCCUUCCGCCCCACGCCCUGGUGCUUGGAGGGCCGCCUGCAGACCGUGCUGGGUGCCCUGCUCCGGGCCCGCCCGCCCGUCUCCUACCGCAGCGAGGCCAUCCGCGCCCCCGACGGCGGGCAGCUCAUCCUCGACUGGGCCGAGGACCCCGGCAGCCCCCGGCACCCGGAGCCCUGCGCCCGCCCCACCGUCCUGCUGCUCCCGGGCCUCACCGGCAGCAGCCAGGCCGGUUACCUGCUCCGCCUGGUGCACCGGGCCGGCCGCGCCGGCUACAGGUCCGUCGUGCUCAACCACCGGGGCUGCCGGGGCGAGGAGCUGCUGACCCCUCGGACCUUCUGCGCCAGCAACACCGAGGACCUGGAGACGGCCAUCGCCCACGUCAAGCGCCGGUACCCGCGGGCCCCGCUGCUGGCCGUGGGUGUCUCCCUCGGCGGGAUGCAGGUCCUGAACUACCUGGGGCGGCGGGGCCGGGCGGCGGGGCUGGCGGCGGCCAUGGCCCUCUCCCCCAGCUGGGACCCCACCGCCUCAGCCGCGUCGCUGGAGCAGCCCCUCAACGCACUGCUCUUCAACCAGCGCCUCGCCGCCGGCCUGUGCCAGCUCGUCAGCAGGCACAGGGCGGCGAUCGGGGAGAAGGUGGACGUGGAGCACGUGCUGCAGGCACACACCAUCCGGGAGUUCGACGAGCGCUACACGGCCCGGGCCUUCGGUUACCGCUCUUGCCGUGAGUACUACCAGGCGGCCAGCCCCGCGCGCCAGCUCCACCGCAUUCGGGUGCCCGUGCUCUGCCUCAACGCCUCCGACGACCCCUUCUCCCCCCUACACGCCAUCCCUGUGGAGGCCGCCUGGCGCCUGCCCCAUGUGGCACUGCUGGUGACGGCCCACGGGGGACACGUCGGCUUCCUGGAGGGGCUCUGCCCCCGCCCCGGCAGCUACAUGGAGCGACUCUUUGCCCAGUUCAUCACCGCCAUCUUCGAGCACGGGGAGGAGCUGCGGCAGCUGGAGGGGGACGGGGAGGGCGCCGAGGAGGGGGCUGUAGGGCAGGGCCCCGCCUGA